AUGGCUGGAAUCAGCAGCCAAGAUGAUCCCGAAUUAGCAAAUCUCCAAUCAAGCUUCGAUGAGCAGCAGGCUAAAAUAAGCGCACUGCGUGAAAUCAUUCGCCAGACGGAGGCAGUGAACGACAUGAAGCAUGCAACCGCACAAGAGAAAGUGAAAAACAUUGCCCAGCGGCUGACACACUUCAAGACGAAGGUUACCACGUCGCGUCUAAACCGGGCUAGCAGUAUCGGGUCCUCUUCCCAAUCGCUGGCCACCAUCGAUCAGGGUGUGGCGUUGAAGGAAAGUCCGAUUGAUGUUAGACCCGAUCCGCGCAGUCCUGCCUUUCCUCGCGGCCGUUCGGAGUCAUCUGGCAUGGAGAAGUGUUCGCUGCUCCGUCAGCAGAUCGAACAAAAUCGCUUGAAAAUGGCGGAACGGGAGUCUAGGGAGCGGGAGAUCGAGGAGAAGGUAAUAGAAAUCAAGCAUAAGCUUGAAGCGACCCAGCAAUCGCUGGAAAGAUCCGGUGAACUGGACCGAUCUAGCACCACGUGCCUUGCGGAAAUUGUUUCAUUGGUCGGUGAGGGCGUUGGUGGUGCACGUGAAGGGCGGGAUUCGGCGUUUAGUCUGUCAGAUGGCUUGCGGCGUUCUUACAGCCAUUCGUUUUUGGACCCGGGCCCAGCACACGAAACCAUUUCCACACCAAUCAAACCGGUCCCGGAUAGUGAGGAACAGUUUAACGAAGAGCUAACGAAGUACGAGAAUAACGUGCGGCAGGCACAAGUAAAGCGUAAGAACGAUGAAAUGCUGGAGCGACGAAUUACGACGCUGGAAGACGAUUUGCACGACAAGGAGCGUAUUAUUGACGAGCAGCUGCGUUCAUUAUCGCUGCUGGUGAAUAGUUUACUCGAGGAAGACAAUAAACCCGAUCUCGAGUUGGUAAAAGAAUUACACAACUUGCAGAUGAAACUGCUUCAACAAAGUUACAGCAUUUCCGACGAUGAAGCAAUGUUACGAUUACUAGACUCGUACGGAUACGAUCCCCUAGAGAAGGCUACUGAACGAAAAAUUAAACAACUGCAAGCAGUUCCCACAGCAACACGGCUUGAUCUACCGGGAACUUCAGAGGAUGCGAAGGUACAACUGCAGAAUGCAAUGGAAAAAAUCGGCACACUCGAGCAAGCGCUAGCCUCGCAAGAUAUAGAAAUGGAACGCAUGAAUCAACAAAUAACGGACCUGCGCCAGUCGCUGGAAGAGAAAACAAUCGAGCUGAACGUUAUGACGGCUAAUGUGUCCGUACUGCAGGAGAAGCUAAAAACAAGCGGACCCAAACCACUAUUCCCUCGAUCGGCCGACGAAGAACUCGAGUCGGAGACGACCAAACUAAAGCAGCAGCUUGACGAAUCGAAUAAAAACAUGAUAAAAUGCAAGCUAAAGAUCAAGCAGUUACAGAAACAGGUCGAUACCUUCAAAAAGACCUCCAACGUGCACGAAGAGAUCGCCAAACUGACCGACGAAAACGCUGCCCUUGCGCAACGGCUUGCCGAGUUGGACGACCGCGAUACCGGCGACAUCCGGUUCGAUGCCAUCGGUACCAAACCGGUCGGUCCGGAGCUGCAAAAGCGCAUUGAAAUGUUGGAACUGACGUGUCAAAAUCAGGCAACCGCUAUGCAGCUACUAGAGGAGCAAAAGAACGAUCUGAACGAAGAUUUAAACCGAACCCGGCACGAACUGGAGUCAUUUACCGACCAUGUUACCGUAACCGAUGGGGAUGGUGAUAAUGGGCGUAUCGCAAGCCAAAUGCUGUCGAUCGAGCUGGAGGAAAAGCUGGAAAAGUGUUUGGCGGACAAGAGUGAACUGACGAAGGUACUGCAUAGUUGGGAGGCGGAAAAGUCGGAAAUGCAGCAGACGCUAAAACGUUACGCGGAAGAGAACGCAGAACUGUUGGGCAAGAUCGAUAAGCUCAGUCUGGAGAAGGUGAGCUCGGCGGAGUCGAUCGAAAUAUUGGAAAACUUAACAUUGCGCGAGAAGCAAGAGAUGGAAAACUCGGAAAAGCGUGCCAAGGCGGAGGAUGGUGCGACAGAACUGGACGAUUCGGAUGAGAUCGUGCGAAAUGUGCUGGGCGGGAAGGAGGACAUUAACGAGAGCCUUCUUAAGCUGAUGGAGGAAAGCAAAGAGCUUAUGGAUAAGGUGGAAUUGUUCACGGACGAGCGACGGGAGGUGUUGGAAAAGCUGGAUGCCAUUUCGAUUGAGAACCAAGCGUAUGUUAGCGAGCUAGAUAAGUUGAAGGAGGCGAACGAACAACUGCGCUCGUACAGUGUGGAAUUAGCAUCGGCCAAAUCCGACCUAGAGGAUAAGCUGCGUAUAAUCAACGAAGAAAAGGAAAUCAUCCGGCAAGAGCUAGAUACGGUGAAGGUGCGUAAGUUGGAAGGAAACGAAAGCAGCGGCACGCUCAGUCUGAGACCCACUGAGAUGACCGUAACCAUUCCAGACGAAACGCUCGAUAAGCACAUCUACCAGCAGACAUUAUUGGCGGUGGAAACGGAUAUAACAAACUAUAACAAAAACAAGGACAAGCAAAAGAAGAUACAACUGGCGAAGAAACUUACAUUGAGUGGGAAAUCGUUGGUGACAAUGAGCAGGCAACUGUUUGAUGAGUAUGACCGUUGCAAGGAUGAGCGUACGGCACGUGUCGUCGGUAAGGAUAGUGCCAUCAGUACGCUCGAAACAAAGCUGGAAGAAACGAUUAAAUGUCUCGAAAGUAAAGCAUCCCAGAUUGCCCUGCUCCAGGAGGAGAUUGCAUUGCUGAAACACGAGCUAGAGGUGGCGUAUGAAAAGAGUUCCGACGAUGAACCGGAGCUGUUGAAGGUGGAGCUGAACAGCAAGAACGAUGAAAUUAUGCUGUUGAAGAAGGACAUCGAUGCACUGGUCGAUGCAAAAUCUUCCGAACUGUUACAGAUACAGCACCGGCUGCUGGAGGCACAACAGGAGAAUCAUCAGCUUAAAACGUAUACGGCGGAGCUGCAGUAUCAGCUGGAAAGUGUUUCCAAGCAACAGGCAAAGGAAACGGAAGCACUAAACCGUCAGAUAGAUAAAUUGCAGUUGGAGCUGCGCAACGCUGUAAGUAAUGUGCCGGAAUCCGCAACUGAAGAUCUGGAAGGUGAGCUGCAGCACAAGCAGGAAACGAUAGACACGCUGAAUGGGCAAAUCAUUGAUCUGUACCGGACGGUGGAAGAGCACCAGUCACAAGUGGACGCGUUCCGGGUGCAGAAGGAACAGAUUGAGCAGAAGAAUGAAGAGCUACUGGAAAAGCUGAAGAAAUUUGCAGCAAACCUGAAGAAGAAAAACGUCCAAUGUACCAAGUUAGAGAAGGAUAUUGAAGUGUUGAAGGAAGCGAAUCGGAAACUGAAUGAGCAGGUAGAACACCUGGCGACAGAGUCCACGCCCGCCGAUGCUGUGAGUGAGCUAAGCCAAGAGAAGGAGCAAUUGACGCAGAAAAUGUAUCAUCUAAACAACGAGCUGCACCGGUUGCUGGAGCAAAAGUAUCACAUGGAGUCCGAAAGCGAGUCCAUUCGCGAAGAGUUGCAAAGGGUCAACGAGCAACACAAGAUGAUGCAGGCCGAGCUGAUGAGCAAAACGGGCGCACUGCAGUCGUUGGAGGCUGAGCUGCAGGCGUGCAAGGAUGAGAUGCAAACGCUGCAUGCCGAGCUCGCUAGUAAAAACGGUAAGAUUGAUAAAUGCAAGGCCAUCAUAAAGGAAAAGAUAAAGGAAACGCAACGUCUCCAGGAAAGGGAACGGCGUGCCGCCUACCUGGAGGAUGAGUUGCGCAUGACCCAGAGCAAGCUGGAAGACUUCCACAACCAAACGCUCCUGUUGGGCAGGCUAAAGAGCGAAAAAGAGGAGCUUAAUGUGACCGUACGGACAGAACAUGAGCAGCGUAAAGCGUUGGAAGAACAGUUGGCUAAUAUGCAACAGCAGCUAACGGUAGCGCAGGAACGUGACAGCACGCUAAACGAACAGUUGAGAAGUGUAGAGUGCUGGGUGCAGCGGUACAGUGAUAAAUGGCGCAACCGGUACGAACAAACUGCACCACCAAAUAUGGAAGAACCGAUCGAAACACCGCCGGAUGUAUUUAGUUGGCUAACGUUGCUGGUGGAGACGGAUCGAGGCAUUGCAGAAAUGCUUACACGACAAUUGGAAACCAUCAGCACACUUGAGGCUAGUUUGAAAACCACGGAAAACCGUGAGUCAAAUGAGGUAAGCUAUCUGCAGGGGCUGUUGCAGAGAGCUAAUCAUGAGCGUGACUCCUAUAUAGAUGGCGUUGCAACAAAGGAUGAAGAGAUAAAGCAAUUGAAUUGCGAACUAAAAACCAAAACUGCAGACCUUCAAAAGGCAAUUGCUGAAAACACGCUAAUGCAAUCGCAGCAAACGGAACUAACUGCUGCCCGUGAUGAAAUCGAACGACUUAAGGAGCACCUGGACCGUUCACAGCAGACCGAGCAGGCUGAGCUGCGCAAGGUGGUAGAAACAGCAAACCAGGAACGGUUAGCAAUAGAACAGCGUCUUCAUGCAGCGUCCCAAAGCAAUGCUGAACUGAUAGAGGAAGUUACGAAAUUGCGUGACAGCAUGCAAUCGCUCGAACUGGAGCUUGCUGCAGAACGAAGCAACAUAACGCGGCUAACCGAAAGCACUGCAAAUCGUCUUGAAGAGAUAACGCAGCUGCGGGAAUCAUUGUCCGAGGCGGAAGAACGAUACAGCAAGCAGUGUGAUCGGUACAAGGACUACGAAUCGAUACAGAUGCAGUUGGUGGAGGAAAAGCAACAGAAGGAACAGUUGAACCAUGCGCUUAAGCAACGUGAUCAGGAAAUUCAGACGCUGCGGCAGGAGUGCGAUGAACUGCGGGAACAUCACAACGAUGCGGGCAAACUGCAGUCGAUCGAGAUGGAUAGCUUGAAGCAGCGGUUGCACGACAUGGAGCAGAUGCGUGCUGGUUGGGAGACAUCAUUAGCGCAGUUCCGUACUGAAAACGAACAACAAACGGAUGAAAUUGCACUACUCCGCGACACGAUCGCAUCACUCGAGCGUCAAACGCAGGAAGACAAGACAAACAUUUCCAUCCUAACCUCCCUGAACGGGGCGCUGAACGAGGAUUUGGAUAUGCUGCAGCAACAAACUGGUGAAGCGGAGCAGCGUUAUCAAUCUCUGAUGGACGAGUUGAGCCAGACGAAGUCCGCACUGGAAGUGGCUGAAGAGCAACAAAGCCACAUACAACAGCAAAUCGAUGAUGCGACCGAACGAUACCGUAUUCUGCAGGGUGAGUAUGAGCAGAAGACGUUAGCGUUAGAGUCGGCUGAAACCGCUGUACUGCAAGAGAGCAAUCGAAGGGAACAGCUAGCCAGCACACUGCACACGAAGGAGCAAGAGUGCGAGCAGCUGCAGCAAAAGUGUGCCGAGCUGCAGGACGAGUGCGAUCAGUUGCAGCGUACCGUUGACGAAACGAAGUCUUCCACGGUGCGACAGGAGCAACCCGAAGCGGAACCAAAGCCGGACCAGGAUCUCGGCAUGUGGGAUGAUGCCGACGCCGGCUGGGGCACAGCCGAUACAACCCACCUGGAAGCGCUUGUACGAGAAAAGGACGAACUGAUACAGCAGCUCGGUGCGGAGAAGGACCUUAUGCAGCAGGAAAUUACAGACCUGAAGGUGAAGUCGGGUAAGCUACUGCGCAAGGUGAAGGAGUGCAGGGUGAAGCUGGACGCACAGCAGACGGAACCGGCUGGUGGCCGUGCGGGAAGCUCCGAAUCGCAGGACGCACUCGAGGCGAAGGUGAGAGCGUUAGAGGAGGAGCGUACGGGGCUGCAGCGCGAAAAAGAGGCGAACGUGCUGAAACUGGACAUGCUGGAGUCCGCCUGCGAGAAGCUAACGGAGGUGAAGGAGUACCAGGACAAGCAGAUCGAGAUGUUGCGCGACUCGGUAGCCAACGCCAACGCAUCGCGCGAGGUAGAAGAUCUGCGGGAGAAGGUACAACAGCUGACGGCAACGUUACAGACACGGCAAUCGGAGAUAGCGCAUCUAAACGCGCGGUUGGAACAGCUUACCAGUGAGGUGGAAUGUAUUGACGAAUUGCGGGCACAGCUGACCGAGGUACAGUCCCAGAAUGUGCAACUACAAUCGACCGGUAGCGUCCAAGGGUCAGUGCCGGUAUUCCACGACCAUGCCCAUUCCAUGGAGCUUCAGUUAGCCGCACUGGAGCACAGAAAUCGAUUGCUCGAGCAGGAAAAGGCAGAUAUGUCCCGGGAGCUGGAGGUAUUGAAUCAGCAGAUUCUGCAAGAUCUUCAGUUUGAGGAUCGACUGAACAAGGCACUGCUCGAGCUGGACGCGAAGGGUGUAGAGAUACAGAUGCUACGUUCGACGCUAGAACAGCUUCAACAAGGUGGAACAGUGGGGACAGUGGAAGCAACUAGCGAACCAUCUCACGAUACCACUCCGGAUCCGAUCGCUUCACUACAAGAACGCAUCCAGGAGCUUGAACGCGAACGCACCGAACUGUGGCAAAAACUGUCCGCUGCAGGUGAAUCCGACUCCUCAGCAUCUGGCACAGUAGCCCGGGUCGAUGAUGCAACAGUGCGGGAAGUUCUCGAGCGUCAAGAAGUCGAAAUUGUGACGCUUAAGGAGCAGCUUGCACUGCGCAGCGCGGAGUACGCACGGCUGGCAGCGCGUGUAGAUCCAACCAAACUAUUCGCAUCGGGACUUAGUGGCAGUGAGCCCGUGCCGAAACCGGAACAGCAACAACAGUCGACCGGUGACCGGGUACCGCAAGCCGAACUGGAGCUAGCACUGUACAUGAUCUACCAGCGCGAUAUGCGCUGCGAUGAGCUGGAACUGGAACUACGCAACCUACUGCAGGAACGUGACACACUGCAGCUACGCUUGUCGAACGCACUGCGCAUGCACGAGGAGUUUAAAAUACGCUUACAAUCCGGUGCAAUACCCGUAGAGCAAGAGUACGGCACGUCGGGCGAGUGUUCAAUCGAUGCAUCACCGGACCGGUCACUCAGUGGGCUACCGUUAGAUGAACGCCCGGUAUCAAGCCUGUCCGGUCCGCAGGACCUUACCUCCAAGCUGUCCGAGCUGCAAUCAAUUAGCUACUCGAAGGAGAAACGAUGGCAGGAAGAGCGCGAGGAACGAGACCGUCAGCUAACACUGAUUCAACGCGAUCUUGCCAACAUGCCGGUCGAGGCGGCAGCCAAAAUUGCCGGCACGGACAUGACGGCAGACGCAGAAGCAACCACACAGCAGAGCGCCUCAACGGUGUUGUUAAACUGGAUACUGGGGAAGAAAUAG